AUGAUUCUCAUGCUGCUUACUGUGAUACUUUCGUACUCAAAUUACAUCGGCCGACAGACUUCUAUCGGUGUCAAGAAAACCGGGGAUGUGAUAACCUCGGGAUUCUCGCGUUGUGAGCGGAAGAAGUAUCGGCAACGUCAGAGGACUUCUUCACGAUCAAGACGAAUUGAAGCUCUUUGCGCCGCUGGCCUGCGGAUUCCAAACUGGUAUGGGUGCAACUUACAGCGCUUCAGAUGCGGGUCCAAAGAUACUGAGAUGAUACUGGGCUUGGGUGCCGUUGGAAUGGGAGCUUUCAUGCUGCAAGACUUCGCGGCUAACCCUGAAUAUACACAGACGGCCAAGAUCCGUAACUGUGAGAACGUAGUUGUAGUAGACCGAAUCGAGUCCCUGCUCCAACACGCCAAAAACUCUCGGGGGUUGUUAUACUAUCAACACAAGCGCCUCGGACUAUACAAGACUGAGAGACGCGGUUUUGGGCUUGGUUCCGGAUGGCUGACUGAUACCGCAGGUGUAGCAGCUCUUAUUGAGGACUCACUACGAUGCACACGGAAACGAGGAAAGCUGGUUCUAAUCGGCGUCCCGCCGCUGGGCUAUGCGCUGGAUAUCGAUGCUGUAGAACACAUUAGUCAGUAG